AUGAAGUCAAAGCAAUUGUAUCCAAAAUCUGUUCGGCCAUCAUCCACGAAUAGUUGUUCAUCAAGCAAUGCUACUAAACAUCGUGUACGGUGCUCAUUGUGUGAUGCGUUGUUGAAAGCUUCCUCAACGCAUCGAUAUCUCUUGUCCGGUAAAUCAGUCCAUGAUAGUUUAGACCCAGGCGUAACUUAUGGUGAAUGCUGCCAACGGUAUUUGAGUGAAUCUUGUGAUCUGAAUAAACUUCAUAUGAUUUGUCCUAAAUGUUGUCAAAAUCUGCAACGAAUUCACCUACUAUAUAAAGAUGCUGAACAGUUAAAACAAAGUAUUCAACAUACGUGGUGUAAAACCAAACGGUUGAAUCGUGCGCGCCAUUUACGUGUGAAUUACUCUCGUAUUCAAGAUGAUAUCUCAUCUUCUCCUCUUCCAACAAUAGCAACCGAUACUGACAUGAUCAUUUCUGUAAAAAAAGAACCUGAUACUGAAGGUUUAUCAGUAAUAAUGAGACCAUCGGAAAAAAUACCAUUUAGCGUUUCCGAAAGCGUUGUGGCGAAUAUUCCCCACGAUCUGUCAAGUAAAACUCAACAGCAUACACAUCAAAAUGAACUAUCAACGAAAAUACCCCAAUCAGUCGAUAGAAAUCAUAAUUUCACCAAUGGAAAAGCAUCCGUGCCAAAGAGAAUACCGUCAUCAUCAUCAGCAAAGAAAUCUCGUGUUUCCAAUCCUUAUCUGCCAUUUCGAUCUGCACAAUCAAUUCGAUCGACGUUAUCAAAUGGACCCGAGUGUUUUUAUCCAAACUCGUCAUAUCAGCCAAUAAACAGCAAUCAAGUUUCUUCCCAAUACGCUCAAUUAAUGAUUGAAACACCCUCACCCUCGUCGUCGUCCUCAUCUCAUCAACAACAUCAUGCAGACAUCACCCGAUGCGAUAGUUCAGAUAGCGAACAAUUACCUUCAAUUUUAAAGUUUCAACACUCUAUGAACGGUGAGCGAUCUAUUUCACCGGCAACGAAUGAUGAUGAAACUUCAUCAGUGAAUGGAGCGAAAGCCACGCGUCUAAGUCGACGUCAAUAUGAUUUCUUAGUUAAGUUACCUGAUCAACAAUCAUUGAACGCUUUUAUCGAAAGUUCAGCGGCUGAUUCUGGUUCACGUUGGACAUGGCGACGAACAUCUGCUAACUCGCGAGGUUACAAAGUAUAUUACGUAUGUAACUUUUCCAUGCGUCGUCAUUAUCAUCCAUGUCCAGCUGCGAUGUACGCUUUAUUUCAUCCUGAAGGAAGUAUAUCAAUUUAUUCUUGUGGACAACAUCAACAUAUUCCAAAAGAUCGUCUACCAGUUAGUAUUACAGAUGCAACAAAAGAUGAAAUCUUCAAAUGUCUACAGGCUGGUAUGGCAACAACCGAUAUUCGAGAACAUUUGACUCGUCUUCAGUUACCAUUUGGUGAUACAAGAAAAUUGAAUAAUUUCAUCAAAUAUCAUAAAGAGUUAUUACGUUUUGGCACGGUGACAAAUGUUCGAAUAGGUGGAACAGCCUAUCGUCAACCUCAAUGUUGGGCUAUUCGAAGACAAUCAUCAGGUCCGAUGCCACCAGUAGUACCUUCAACAAUCAAUGAUACUGAUACAACAGUUACACCACCAUUGACUUCAUCAUCGUAA